CCGCCUGACUGACUGAGCGGCGCGUCACAUCCGCUGCGGGCGCGCGCGCGGCCGUCGGCGUGAGGCGCGUGCCGCCACGUUCGAUGAGGGCGCGAGAGCGGCCGAGGUCCGGACCUGUGGCCAAUCACCGCCAGGGGCCCAAGUGCGCCCGCCCGAUUGGUUACGCGGCCCACGUGACAGCGAGCGCCACGGCGGCGUCUCUUGUGAUUGGGGGCGGGGUCAGUGGCUUCAGGGGCUCCUGGCGAGUUUUUAGGCGGGAAGAAGUGACUCACGGGGGCGCCUCGAGCGACCGCCACGUGACCCGACGCAACGGGCAACGGCGUCGUGUGAUUGGCUGAGAGGCGGCAGGCGAGGCAGCGAGGCGAGGCGAUGAGGAGGGAGGGAAAAAAUGUCCCCGAGCAGGCGAGGCUGCCGCGGCCUCCAGCUCCCACCAUCGGCCUGGGCCCCCCCGACACCUCCCUUCCCACGCCCCCCAGCCCUGCCCAGGCCCAGGCCUAGGCCGCAGGUUCCCCACCUCGCCGCGGCCUUGAACCCGCCCUGGGGGUCGCGGAGGCUCUUGGGAGAGGCCCCGGCUGCCAGGCUGCGGCCUGGGGGAGCCGGCACGGAGCCGCCAGCUGGCUGCCAGGCCGGGCCCUCUCCGGCUCCAGCCUCCUCCGGGGGGACAGGCCACCCUGCCUCCGCCUUGCACCCGCGUGCCCUUGGCGUCCCUGGGGCCGCAGCUCGUUCCUUUUGCCGUCCGCGACGCCCCAAGCGGCACGAGGGGUGGACGGCGGUCACGGGUGCCCCAGAGCCCCGGGGUCGGGGCGUCACUGGCCGUUCUGCCAAGGAAGCACCAGGCUGGUUGAAAUCCCGUUCUCCGGCCCGCCGCUGUGACGGCCCCCGCCGCACUGACCCAAGGGCGCACGUGGACACGUGUGGACACGUGUGGACUGUCACUAACUCCGGCACGAUUCCGGUCACACGCAGGGCACACAUCCAGACUGAGGAGGUGCAGUUUCUCCGUAGCAAAGUUCCUGAUUAUACCGCCGCCUUAUUCCAGGCACUGCCUGGUGCCCUUGCUAAUAAUUACCGUAGUGGGCACGGCUGCAGUGCUAUCAAAAUAACGCUGUUAUUAUUUUAUUGUUUGAGAACUGGCCAGAAGUGCUGAGAUGAGCUCCGAGGCACAGGCAGUGUCUAGGUUUCGCACCCCGGAGCCAGUCUUUGGAGUUGUUGCUCCUGAGAUCAUUGAAGAUACUUUAAUCUGUUUAGCUACAGAAAAUGAACAAUAUCUGAAUGAGCUGUCGGAUCAGGCAGGAUGCUUCAAAGAGACCCAGAUAGUGGAAUUUGUAUUUCUUUUGUGUGAAAAAUGGUUUCUGGACCAAUCUGCACGAUAUCAAGCAGUUGAAAUAUUUGAAAGGUUUAUGAUUAAGCAUGUAGAAGAGAGCUAUAACUCUACUGCAGAGUCAAGGAUAAACAAUGAACAAGGAGAGGGCAACAUCUGGGGCACUUUGAAAGCACAGAUGUGUGACACAUUUGUGCUGCGGCUUGUGUCUUGCAUUCAGCUUGCAAGCAAACUUUCUUUUCACUACAAUAUAAUUAACAAUAACACAGUUCUGAAAUUUCUGCAGUCCUUAGACUAUUCAUACACAAAACAGAACUUGGUGGAGUCAGAACUUGCCAUUUUGAAGGCUCUACGCUUCCAGAUCAAUGUGCCAACUCCUUUUGCCUAUGUUGAGUUGCUUCUGGAGGUGUUAGGACAUAAUGGCUGCUUACUUCCUAUGAAACAGUUGCAUAAGAUGUGCAUGCACCUAUUGGAUUUAACUUAUCUCAUGCGGAACAUCAUCUAUGAUACUCUACUAAAAAUAUCUAUUGAGAAUUCAACACCAAGUGAACUCCAGAUAGCAAAAUUUUUGUCAGUAAAGGAAGAUUUCAUGCUCUUGGCAGUUGGAGUCAUCAGCACAAGCGCUUUCAUACUAAAUCCUGAAUAUUGGAAUCAGGUACUGCUAGACAAGAAAUACACAGUGCAGUUCUUAGGCUUACAUGAACUAAAAACGUUUUACAUCUUUUACUGUUUACACAGUACAGGGAGACAGGUGUGUUGCACUGGGAGUAUAAUAAAGGUGGAGUCCUUUAAUAUAUUAAUACUGCAGGGCAAGGGGAGGUUGGGAAUUUAACAUGAGUGUCUCGUUACUUUUCAAACCUAUUCUGAGAAGCCUGCAGCUUUCUUACUCUGAGUCCUAGAACGUGCUGUAUCCAAAGGCUUCCAUUGACAGAAGGGGUGGGGGGAGAGAAGUAAUCCCAUAAGGCACCAAUCUCCCCCCAAACAGCCAGCCUGUGUUUUAUAAUAUAAAAGAGAGGACCUAUUUAAAAGAUGUUAGUUGCUUUAAAAAAAUAAAUUCUUCCCCUUUAAGGGAGAAAGCUUCCACUACCAGGAUCCUCAAUUGGCAAUUGCAGAGGGCUAGUGUUUUUUUUAUUUGUAUUCCCAUAGCAGCUAGAUAGCACAGUAUUAGAGCCCUAGGGUAGAUUAUAAUUAAGUUUUUGCUUUCCUUUACAUAUACUCAAAGAUUUAAGAUCUAGAACUACUGCUCUGUUGCCCAAAAUAAGGAGGAAUUUUUUUUUUAAGGUUGUGGAACAUUUAAAUUGCAUCACUGGCAUUACCACACAAAGCAUUUUAGAGUUUUCAUAUGCAAUACUGAAGCACAGUGUUGGCACCACUAAUCCAAGGAAGAACAAAGGAACUAGAUCUUCAGAGAACUAUGUUGUACCUCCUACAAAAUAAACUUGACUUUUCUAUUGCAACCUUUGCUACGUAUCAGUGUCCUCAAAGCCACGUUCCACCCACUAACUUUUUGUAAUAGAUGCAGGUGGUUUUGACUUGUAACUCAUGUAGGAUGAACUUUUGUUUAGUUGCUAUGUAGCAGCUGUCAAAUAUGGCAUUUAAAAGUGGCCUUUGCAAACUAUCCCCUGUACUCAAUCUGAAGUAGUGACAUGGGGAGUAAAAUGCUGCGAUUGUGAAGUGUUUUGCUUUCGGGAAAAUGGUUAUAGGAAUGGCAGCGAUAAGUCUACAAACUGUUCUACUGUGUACAAGUGCUACAAGCUGGGCAAGGCUUUCUUCACACAGUUGCUGUUGUGCAGAAGCAGUGACUGUCUUGAACAGUUUACAAUAUCAAGAUUGUUCCUUCCGCCUCCCAGAUCUAGUUACCCCCACAGCCCAAAAAGAAAGUCAGGUAGGUAGUCUGCCAGUGUUGACAGGGGAGGGAAAUGCAAGUCAAAUCAAGCAGCACCUGUUUUGAAAGCUUGAUUUAACUCUCACUUGGAUGGAAAGCUAUUCAGGAUCUACAUCCCAGUACACAGGAUGCCAUGCUAUAGUUACAGUCUAUGGGGAAUGGAAGCACUCCAUUUGUCCAGAAUACAAGUAUUUUAUUACAGUGUUAUUCAGUGCAGUAACAGGCUGCAGGAAAUAUUCGUUACAAAUAGUUAAAUAGCUGGCAAUGUUUUAAACAAUAUCAAACCCCCAUAAAGUUCAAUGGCACCAAGUGCUCAUCAGUUCUGAUUUAAAGAGAAGAUAA